AUGGCCGAGAACACGUACGACGCGCUGCGGGACGCGAUAUGGAACGACGACCUCGAGCAGCUGCGUUACCACAUGCGCACUGGUCGCAUCGACGUCAACCACACCGACUCGGCAGGGCAGACGCUGCUCCAUCUGGCAGCAUUCUGGGGCCGCACAGACAUCGUCCGAGUGCUCAUCUCUCUAGGAGGAAACAUGAAGACGAAGAAUGCGACGGGAUGCACAGCACUGGACUUGGCCAUCCAUUGGGGACAUUCAGCCACGGCAGAGAUCAUUCGCUUGCGAGGAGGCACGAGUGUUUGGGAGGAAAAGAUGGGGUUGUUGCAGAUGCAGGUGGAGGACCUCACGACGACCGUCGUAGACGUCGAGCGGCAGAACCGUGACCACGAGGCGAUGGUGGCGACCCUGCGUGCGGACCUUGUGACACUUCAUGCGACGUGGGCCGAGGCCGUGGAUCAAGGCAAGGCGCAUGCGGCGGAGCGGGACACCUUCGCGGCCGCCGCCGCCGAUUUGGAGGCCGCCGUCGAUCGGUUACACCAAGACGUGGCAACGCUGAAGCAGGACUUGUACGAAAGCCAGAUGGACGGGUUCCGUCUGGACCGAGCCCGGGAACAAGCCGAGAACGAGCGCGACGCGGCCGUGCAACAGCGCCGCGACGCCAUCGACCGGCAAAAUGCAGCGCUGGAAGGUCAAGCGCAGCGGACAAGGGACUGGCAGGCGGCCGAGAGGGCGGCCGUGAUCAUGGAAACCCAACGCAACAUGGCCUUCCACGAGCGAGAUCAUAUCCAACGGCGCGCGACGGUGGCCGCCGUAGAGCUGGAGCUGCAGGCAGAACGACUCGCGUAUGCCCAGGCAGAGCACCGUCGGAUCGAGGAAGAAGCGGCCGAGUUCUUACAUGCAAAACGCCAGCAAGACCUUCGGCUAAAGCGUGCGGCGCGGGCACUCGAAGAGUUUUCGGCCGAGAAGAAGGCCGCGGCCAUGGAAGCGGCUAAAACGUAUGGCCAGCAGCAAACAACCAACCGUCGACGCCAGCUGGCGGCGUCGCCAUCCCGAGAAGACCGCCAUCGACAACGUGCACAGACCGCCGCCGCGCUGGAAAGCCAGCAACAGCAGCACGACCUGGCGUCAUUUGAAGCUGAGUUUGUGCACACGAUCAAAACGUUUACGGAAGCGCGGGACGCAAAGUGGGCCAAGGUCAAGGCACUGGACCAGCAGAGCCGGUUCGACGCAGAUCGGGCGGCACGCCGUCCGCUGGUUCACCUGAAAGACUCGUCGUCUGCUCAUUCACGUACGACGGCUUCAUGUACUGUACAUGAAUAUGGUGCAAUUGUACAGUAUGCCCCCAAGGACUACACAUCAAAGCACCUACCUACUUCUUCAUGCGUUGUACUUGGAUGUAUGUAG